UCAACGUGUCACUUUCAUUUACGUGCUCGAACGUUUACGUAUGUUGCUGCGUUAAGCAAAUAUUUCACCUUUUUUAGUGUUUCAUAUCUAAAUUCAUCAAAAAGCUCAAUAAUGGCUCCAAAACAAAGGAUGCGUAUUGCUAAUGAAAAAGCCAGCAAGAUGGUGACCCAAAGAGGAAAUGUACCCAAAUCAUCUAAACAACAAAAUGACUCUUCUCCUGUUGGUCCUUGGCUUUUAGCACUUUUCAUAUUUGUUGUUUGUGGAUCAGCUGUUUUCCAGAUAAUCCAAUCUAUUAGAAUGGCUUGAGCAUUUUUAGCGACAAUAAAUUUUGCUCAGUCAUAAAUUUAUAAAUAUCAAAUAAUUCUAAUUUUAUAUAUGUUGUCCAUUCAUAUUUUAUUGUAAAUCCUCUUAUGAUUUAUAUUUAAUUGUAUUAUGAUUAUACUCAUUGCAUUUACUUCAAGCACAAAGAAUGACUAAGUACUGUUAGAAACCAUUCCAUAUGUAAAGAAUUACGUUGUGAUGAAUUAAAGGUGACUUAUUUGAGAA